GCGUAUACUAGGCCUACAUGACAGAUAGAUACGGACGACCGUAGAUAAUUCCAUGUAUCUGGGUCGUUUUGCACAAGUUACCCAGCAAGGCAGGGUCUUUAUAUCUGUUCUGGAUUUUGAAGAGCCAACCAGGAUCAGUCGUCUUGCCAUCGGCGUUGCUGUGAUGAGUGCUGAGACAACUCUAGCGUGAUCCGAAGCGGGACGACAGUUUCAAAACUCCGACAACACGAUAUUUCCAGGUAUCCCUGCUCACUUCCGGGGCUCGCCUGAACAAAAUGCGGGAGUUGAUGAAGUCGGAUGUUUUCAGAGUGGUCAAACAGUUGCUGCCGAGAAGUUCGCCAAGAUAUCCUAAACGACAGCACUACCUGAGCAACCAAAGUCGACUGACAAGUCUAUCAAAAUGCCGCCACAUUCAGAAAUUUGACACCUUCAAAACCCAACCGACGUCAGCUGUGUUAUCAAGACGAUUUUAUAGUUCUCUUACACCAGAACUGUCCAAGGAACUUCAGACUUCGGCACUUGGAAUCACAAGCUAUGAAGAGGAGAUGAGGUCUUGGGACCCAGAGAUCCCUGAAUACUAUAAUUUCGCAAGGGAUGUGGUUGACCACUGGGCUGAGCUGGCAAAGACGGAUCCAUCAAAAGUGAACAAAUACGCCCUUUGGUUGAUUGAUGAUGUUGGAAACGAUGUCAAAUGGAAUUUUCCACAGGUUUCUGAAUAUUCCAAGAAAGUAGCUAAUGUCCUUCAAAAAGAGUGUGGUAUCAAACGAGGAGAUGUCGUCACCACCAUCAUGUCUAAACAACCGGAGUGGUGGUUGAUAAACUUAGCUUGCAACAGAAUUGGUGCUAUUCUCACUCCGGCAACCGUGCUGCUGACGGCAAAGGACAUGAAAUACAGAUUCAACGCGUGCCAAGCCAAAUGUGUGAUAGCUCCAGACUAUGUGGCCAAAACGGUCGAUGAGGUGAUGGCUGAUUCUCCAACGGUCAAAACGAGAUUGCUAGUCGAUACGGAUAAAACUCUUCAGAGACCUGGAUGGCUGCAUUACACAAGUUUGUUCGAUGCGGCAAGCAAUGAUCACGAGUGCGUCAAUACGAAAUCCACGGACAGAUUACUGUAUUUCUUUACGAGCGGCACGACGGGGCAGCCGAAGAUCACCGUACACUUACAGACAUAUGCCAUCGGACACAGGACUACAGCGCGGUAUUUUUAUGACCUAGUCCCACAAGAUGUCAUAUGGAGUAUUGCAGACCCAGGCUGGGCCAAGGCAGCAUAUGCCAACUUAUACAGUCCUUGGUUGCAUGGCUGUUGCGUAUUUAUCGAAAACUCGACUGGGGCAUUUAAUGCGAAGAGGACACUUCAGAUCUUUUCUGAUUACCCCAUCACAACGUUCUGUGCUCCACCGACCGUGUUCCGUCUUUUUGUCCAUGAACACCUCACUCCUUCUACGUUCAAGUCCCUUCGUCACAUCGUGAGCGCUGGAGAGCCAUUGAAUCCAGAGGUGUCUGACCAUUUUCGAGAAACGACUGGCCUGAUCAUCAGAGAAGGAUACGGCCAAACGGAAACGACGCUGCUCAGCUCUUCUUUCCGUUUUAUUCCUAACCGGUCUGCCUCAAUUGGAAAGGCAGCACCGGGCGUGGACCUAAGGAUCAUAGAUGGAAAUGGCAAGGAAUGCGAACGUCGUGUCGAAGGAGACAUAGCGGUGAAAGUGAAACCGAAGAGACCAGUCGGCCUGUUUGUUGAAUAUUUGAACGAGCCUGAGAGAACAGCUGCUGCCCAUCGCGGUGAUUACUAUCUGACGGGAGAUCGUGGAUACCAAGAUGAAGAUGGUUACUUCUUCUUUGUCAGCCGGUCUGAUGACAUCAUUAUAUCAGCAGGCUAUAGGAUUGGUCCGUUCGAAGUUGAGAGUGCGCUGAUUGAGCAUCCUGCGGUCCUGGAGUCAGCGGUGGUCAGCAGUCCGGACCCAACGAGAGGGGAGGUGGUGAAAGCCUUCAUUGUGAGGACGGAAGAGUACGCCGAUGCCGAUGAGGAGGCUUUGAUUAAGGAGAUACAGGAGCAUACCAAACAAACUACAGCACCCUACAAGUAUCCACGAAAGGUUGAAUUCGUGAAAGAACUACCCAAAACAAUCAGUGGUAAAAUUCGACGAGUUGAGUUACGAAAUAAGGAAUGGACAAAGAAAUAGAGAAUCUUCCGCAGGGACAACAUAAGGAUGAAUCUUACCACUGAACAUGAUUCUAUUCUUUGCUCUCCAAAUAACUAAAAUGACGACUAUUUGUAAAUAGACGGAAAGACGUUUUAUUUAUAUAAUCACAUCAGAAUGAAUCUUGGUCAACUAAGAACUUGUAAAGGCACAAUAACAGUUUUGUCUACUUAACCUAGUGACAGUGGGCAGUGGUAAUUACUGGUCGAAAAACCGUGGAACCCUUUAAGAAAAACGGUGCUACUUUAUCAAGCGAUAUCUAGCUUCUGAUAGUGCAAUAGCUACAUUGUAUAUCACCAUUUUACCCUAUCCUGCUCUUAGUAAGAAGAGUGGUACUCUAGAUAUAUAUGGCGAUAUUGAGCUUCUGUUAGUGCAAGCAGGUAGUUAUAUCAUGGCCGUUACAUUGUUGCGAGCAUCUUUUCUUCUCCUGGAUUGUCAGGCCGUAACAUACGUCAGGACAAAAGGUGCCUCUGCUCAGGCGGGGCACAUGCAUAACGCACACAAUAGUAACUUUGAUUUGGUUGAUUGCACUGGUUAAACAAAGCUUAUGAUGCGUGCGUUGGCAAAACGGAUAACAAAGUAUGCAUGAAGCAUGUGUACUAGACAUGUUUGAUAAUUGUCUUGGAUUAGUUCAACCUGAAUAGAUCGUUACAUGUAUGUUCUCGUAUGUUUGGACUGGACAAUGGGGUUCAUGCUUGUGUAAGAAAUACAACUACAUGUAUAAUCAUUCACUGUGUUCUAUUCAAUUAGAUGAAAGUAAAAUGAACCUUGUUUAGAUAUUAACAAUGGAAUGAGAAUCUUGUUGAUGACAUGAAAGAUUGAGUAAUCUUAGGAUAAUUGAUUGUUAGUGAAUAUCUAAUGUAAGCAUACAUAGUUCCGAGUGUUACCACCAUAUCACCGUUGAGAAGCCGUUAACACGUCAUUUUCCCAAACAAUGUUGCAUAAUGGAAGGUGCCCAAAGUGAUAAUGUAGUCACAUCGAUUUGAAAAAUCCAGUGACAUUAUUUGUUUUACAUAAAACUACAAAUGUUAAAAUUUGAACACAAACAAUCUUUGAGAUCCACAAAAUUACAUGUAAACCCUAACAAGUGCGACACAUGGACCAUAGCCAAAAGGAAGCCUAGAUUACAGAAUCCGAAACAAUAUCUUUUAAAGCUGACGGAUUGGCUCAACCGACUUUUUCGCACUUGUAUUGGCAUGACCUGUCUUCGCUAUCUAAACUAUAGUGCCUUAUUUGAUAUUUGAUAUUCUGGUCCUGACUGAACAGAAUCUUGUCGAACGAUGAAUUUUGGCUCAA